UGUAGAGGAGGAAGGAUCUUCUUGUGCGUUGGGGAAAUGGAGUGGCACCCACGGAGCGUGACCAUGUUCACCAAGGAGGAUUUCGAAGGCGAUUGGCUCCAGGUGGCCAGUGGUGGGAGCUUUGGCCCAGUGUUCCGAGCGAAGCAUAAACAAUGGCGGACCACCUACGUGGUGAAGUGCCUUUCUUGUCUUCUUCAGGAUUCCAGACUUGACAGAACCAAGAUGAAUCAGUUCAUGGAAGAGGUAGCCAAGAUGGAGAGAAUCAAAUUUCAACACAUUGUGUCCGUCUACGGCAUAUGUGACAGCCCCUUGGGGAUUGUCAUGGAAUACAUGGUCAACGGGUCCUUGGAGGAGACUCUACCCACCCACCGAAUGGCUUGGCAGCUCAAGUUCCGAAUCAUCCACGAGACAAGUUUGGCCAUGAACUUCUUGCACAUCUUGAAGCCUCCUUUGCUUCACCUCAACCUAAAGCCAGGAAAUAUCCUAUUGGAUUCCAAUAUUCAUGUUAAGAUUUCAGAUUUCGGCUUAUCCAAGUGGAUGGAGCCAUCAGACUGGAUACAGGAGAUUGAGAGGUCAGCUAUGAAGGGAAACCUGAGCUAUGUCCCACCUGAGAUGUUUUUGCAAAGCACCAGGCCACCAGGAACCGAAUUUGAUGUCUACAGCUUUGGGAUUGUCGUCUGGGAGAUCCUUACUCAGAAGAAACCAUAUUCAGGAGCAAGGACAAUGGCCGUUAUCAUCAGUGCAGCAACAGGAAAGCGGCCCUCCUUGGAGCCUGUCUGUGAUGACUGGCCAGGAGAAUGCCAACAGAUGGUUGACUUGAUGAAGAGGUGCUGGGACCAGGAGCCACAGAGGAGGCCGGGCUUCACAGAUGUCUUGGUGGAGACAAGCAUGCUGCUCUCCUUAAUCCGAAGCCCUGUGGUGGACCCGGAGAAAGAGCAUCUCUCUAGGAAGAUGUCACUCAAGCCCACAUUUCCUAGGAGCGAACAGAAGAGUGAUACAGAAGGAUCUGGUCUCUUUCGGGGAGCAAGCAAUGGGGGUGCUGAGAAUGAUAAGGAUCAAUCUCAUGAUUUCCCUCAGAAUGAGGUUGAAAGCCUGGAAGCUCUGAUAUUGUCAGAAGGUGUCAGUGAGACCCAUAAAAACAACCUUCAGCUCAUGGUCACUCCAAGGAACUUGGAGAAAAUGAAAUUCCUGUUGAGGCAGGGAGCUGAUGUGAACAAGAAGACUGCCUGGGGUUCCACUCCCCUCAUCCUGGCGGUCCAAAAGGAGUCUCUGGAGAUCAUCUCACUCCUCAUCCAACAUGGCGCGGACGUCAACAUGACUGAUGAGGAUGGCUGGUCACCUCUCCAUUUUGUGGCUCAGAAUGGCGAUGACAGAAUAGCCCGCCUCUUGCUUGACCACAAGGCCAACAUCAAGGCCCAAGAACUUGAUGGGUGGACUGCCCUCCACUUGGCCUCCCAGAACAACUUUGAAAAUGUGGUCCGGGUUCUCCUCUCACGUCAGGCUGACCCCAACAUCCAGGAGAAUGAGGGACGGACUGCCCUCCAUGUGGCAGCUGCGUAUGGGCACAUCAGGCUUGUUAAAAUGCUGGACAGCCAAGGGGCAGAUCUAGAAAAGAAGCAGAAAAACCUCCGGACUCCACUUCAUCUUGCUGUAGAGAAAGGCAAAUUCAGAGUGGUCCAGUACCUCCUGAAGAAUGGUGCAGAAGUCAACAGCCUAGACCAGAACCAUUACAGUGCUCUUCAUCUGGCUGUAGCGAAAGGAAAAUACCUCAUCUGUGAGAAGCUGAUCAAAUAUGGAGCCGCCAUAGACCUGAGGACGGACAAAGGGUGGACACCUUUGCACCUGGCUUCCAUUAAAGGCCACAUGGAAAUCAUCCGCCUCCUGAUGGACAACCAAGCCAAGGUGAAUAUUGGGGGCAGCCUGGAUUGGACGCCUCUGCAUUUGGCGAUACGCUACAGUGAAGAGGCUGUCAUUUCUGAGUUGCUAUGCAGAGGGGCAGACCCCAACCUCGCUGAGAAUUCUGGCUGGACCCCCCUCCACCUGGCAGUGCAGCAGGGGUCAUUUCUCAGCAUUGUUAACCUCCUUGAGCAUAAGGCAGAUGUCAAUGUCAAGAACAAGGUGGGCUGGACACCCACACACCUUGCAGUGCUCAAAGGUAAUGCAACGAUCGUGAAGACUUUACUCAAUGCAGGGGCUUUGCUGGAGCUGGAGGACAACAUGGGGUGUACUCCUCUCCAGCUCGCCCUCAGGAAUCAGAAGCAAAGCAUUGUGGACCUACUGCAAGGUGAGGAGUCUUCAAAAGCCAAGCCCAGGGGCCACCACAAGGUAUACAGAGACGAUGCUAAGGAAACAUCUGAACAAACAUAA